GGACGGACUUUAGCCUCCAGGACGACUAUAAAAACCUGAGAACAGCCGAGAGCACGACACACGUCUUCAGACACGGUGACACGAGGAGAAACCAGCUGCAUCUGCAAGCAAUUAAGGCCCAAUCAUGAAGGUACUCGCAGUUCUCGCUCUUUUCUCUGUUUGCAACGCAAACCUCUUGUGGCAGGAGCCGCCCAAGAGCAACAUGGAGAUGGUGAAAGAUGCUUUCUGGGACUACGUUGCCAAGGCGACGCAGACCGCCGAGGAGUCCCUGAAGCAGAUCAGGGAGUCUGAGAUGGGACAGCAAGUCAAUGUGAAGAUCUCCCAGAGCGCCGACACAGUCACUCAGUACGUGGAGGCUCUGCGCACUCAGGCCGGCCCCCUCACCCAGGACUACAUGGCCCAGUUCUCCCAGCAGACGGAGCAGCUGAAGGCUCGUCUGGAGAAGGACCUGGACGCCGCGAGCGCCAGCCUGCAGCCCUACGCCCAGGAGCUGGUGGCCAGCCUCCAGAGCAAGGUGGAGGAGCUGAAGAAGGAGUCCGCCCCCUACGCCGAGGCCAUGGACCCGGAGGCCCUGAAGGCCCUGAUGCUGCAGAAGAGCCAGGAGCUGAAGGUUCAGCUGGAUCAGAGCGUGGCCCAGAUGCAGGCCCAGAUGGUUCCCUACACCGAGGAGAUGAAGCAGAAGAUGGAGCAGAGCCUGGAGGACUUUCAGCAGACCAUGAUCCCCCUGACCAAGACCUUCGAGGCCCAGCUGGUGCAGAAGAGCCAGGAGAUCCAGGAGAGACUGGCUCCAUACGGGGAGGAGCUGAGGGCCAAGAUGGACUCCAGCGCUCAGGACCUGCAGGCUCAGCUGACUGCUCUGUGGGAGUCCUUCACCAAGAUCGCCCAGUAAACAAACCUUGGCAUCCACACAAUUAAUAUUUAUUUUAAUCUCUUUAUUUUGUUAAAGAAAAACUUCUGAAUGUCUUUUGUCUUGAAUACUUGCACAAAUAAAGCUUGAAGUGAACACAAA